CAAUAACUACAGAUUACCAUUGAAAUGCCCUUGAAACUCACUACUCGCAAGACAAAAAUUGUUGCUACUCUUGGACCUUCUUCUGUUCCCAAGAUUAGAGAGCUCAUCCAGUCUGGUGUCAAUGUUUUCCGACUCAACUUUUCGCAUAUCUACGACCCAGAAACCCAGACGCCCAUCAUUCAAACCAUCAGACAAGUGUCUGCUGAGUUGUGCAAGCCAGUCGCUAUCCUAGGAGAUCUUGGAGGCCCAAAGAUCCGAUGCAAUGCAUUCCAGCCAGCAGUGACUGAGAUUCUACUCGUAUCGGGAUCCACCGUGGUUUUAGAUGCCAGUAAUGAUCCUUGUAGCGAGGGAAGAAUCACCACUACAGUAGCGAGUUUGGUGUUGUCCUUGCAGCCAGAUCACCGAGUUCUGAUUGACGAUGGGGCCAUGCAACUGAAAAUGACCCGACGACUAUCACCGUCAAGUAUCGAGCUCUUGGUGGUAGUGGGAGGUCAUCUCAAACCACACAAGGGAAUUAAUGUUCCAGAUAUUCGUUUGGAUGUGCCUGCCUUGACAGAAAAGGAUAAACUGGAUGCAGUAUACAUGUGGGAUCAUCGUUUGGAUUACGUUGCACUGUCGUUUGUACAGGUUGCUUCAGAUGUGCAGCAACUGCUGGACUUGUUUGAGAUUCUGAGGUUACGGCCUCGAUUAGAUGGUGUGGAUACUAGCAGCAUCACCAAUAUCAGUUCUGGUAGUCUUGAGACUGGUGUUGAGCCAGAAUAUGGUGAAGAGUUUCCUCAGUUGCCAUGGCGACCAUUGAUCAUCUCCAAGAUCGAAAAACCACAAGCGUUAGAUGUGAUUGAUGAGAUUAUUGCUGUCACUGAUGGCAUCAUGGUUGCUCGUGGAGAUCUGGGCGUUGAAAUCAGUCUCGAAAGAGUUCCUAUUAUUCAAAAGAUGCUGAUCAGAAAGGCUAAUGCUGCAGAGAAACCUGUCAUUACUGCUACUCAGAUGCUCGAGUCUAUGAUUCAUUCGCCUUUUCCAACUCGUGCUGAAGUCAGCGAUGUUGCCAACGCGGUAUUGGAUGGUACAGAUGCAGUCAUGCUUUCAGGUGAAUGCGCUGUUGGCGAUUAUCCAGUUGAAACAGUUCAAAUGAUGAGCAAUAUUUGUCAAAAUGCCGAAUCGGGUGAUGAUUUUAUGCAGCAGCCAGCCAUGAAGCACUGGGAAAGUACAAAGACUAUCCAGCAACUGACACUUGGACACCCAAUUGCUAAUGCAGCAGUCUCUGCUUCUGACGAGGCUCGAGCAGUCGCAUUAAUUGUAUUCACAUACACGGGUGAUAUGGCUCAUUUCGUAUCCAAACGUCGGCCUAUUCGUCCCAUUAUUGCUGUCACACACAAGGAGUUUAUGUAUCGUCGUUUGGCUCUUUUAUAUGGCGUAUUUCCUGUUCUCUCAACUGCAUUGCUAAACAAUUCGAGUACACCCUCUCUGUCCAUGACUGCCGAUCAGCUGUAUCACUAUACUGAACAAGAUAUUACCAAUCACGGACUGAUGGAAACUCUUGGUCUUUUGUCUGGAAGUGUUGUUACUUAUUGUGCUGGAUUUCAUGGUCCUUGGCCUGCACUAUCCUACACGGUCAAACUGUCCCUGUUCAAAUCAUCAAUAUCUAUCUGAUCUCUAGAUCAUUGCUAUGCCGAUUUGAUGCAAUAUGAACUAUAGCUCAACUUUACAAACUGUACUUUGGAUCACAUUCAAAACCAUCAUUUUUCAAAAUUGAUCAUUUCAAUUUUAAACAUACUGCCAACUUUGAUUUACAAUCGUAUUCACGUAAAAUGAAUACCAUUAAAGAUUCCAAAGGGGAUAAUAAAUCGACAGUUUUGUGGUAUGAUUGGUAU